AUGCCCCCUCUCCAACCCUCACGCGCCGUCCUGCGCGCCGCUCGCAACAUCCACAUCUCCUCCACCCGCACAACCGCCAUCCGUAGCUUCACCAGCACACCCUCCCGCGCGGCAGACACCACGGUAGACCCCAACGCCGCAGCAGAACACGCAGAAGAGGAGGCACACGAAGAACACGCACAUGAAGACCACUAUGAUCCACCUACUGGAUGGCUGUUUGGUGUUAAGCCCGGAGAGAAAGCGGAGAAGGAGGGGUGGGAGAAUGUUUGGAUGUAUGGGUUUUUUGGGAGUUUGGCAGCGGGAACGGUUGCUUAUGCGUUUAAGCCGGAUACUUCGAUACAAACCUGGGCCCUAGAAGAAGCACGUCGCCGGUUAGAAGUGGAGGGGAUCCUCAAGGAGCCAGAAAGUAAAUCAUAA